CACCGCAUCUUCUCCUCCGCCGGCAGCGCUUAAUUCCUCUCAAGUUUGAUUAUUACUCUCGUUGAUCACUCUCUCUCAAAGCUAUUCUUCUUUCACAGAAACAAGCAGACUCAAUAGCCAGCCAGCCAACCAUGUCUGCGGAUUCCGCCAGCGCAAUUCAAAGAAGCCAAGUUGAUCUGCUGGACUUCAUUGACUGGUCUGGAGUUGAAUGUCUUAACCAAAGUUCUAGUCACUCUCUUCCCAAUGCUCUCAAACAGGGUUACCGGGAAGAUGAUGGCUUGAACUUGGAGAGUGAUGCAGAUGAGCAGCUUCUGAUUUACAUCCCUUUUACUCAAGUUAUUAAAUUGCAUUCUAUUUUCAUCAAAGGACCUGAAGAGGAAGGCCCUAAGACUGUUAAACUUUUCGCUAACAAGGAGCAUAUGGGAUUUAGUAAUGUUAAUGACUUCCCCCCAAGUGAUACUCUUGUUUUAUCCCCAGACAUUCUGGAGGGAAAACCAGUAAUCCUGAAAUAUGUCAAGUUUCAGAAUGUUCGAAGCUUGACAAUAUUUAUUGAAGACAAUCAGUCAGGUUCUGAUAUCACCAAGGUUCAGAAGAUUGUGCUGCACGGAACAACGGUGGAAACAACAGACAUGAAGGGAUUGAAGAAGAUAGAGGAUCACUGACCUGGAAAGAGGAGAAGGGCAAAAGCAAGGAUUGAUGUAUCCACAUGGAUCUCCAUAGCAUUGUUAAAUCUUCUUAUCAGCUUUUUCUAAAUUUUGAUCAAUCUGACAAUAUAAACCAGUUUCAUGCAUGAAAUAUCCAGUUUUCUGUAUCUUUAGAAUUCUGACAAAUUUCUAUUCAGCUGUUGGUCUUUUUCAUUCUUCAAUGGAGGCCAGUGUCUUGUACUGGCAAAAUGGAAGGAUAAAUUCAAUCCUAGAGUUUGUUAGAGUCAAGAUAUUGUCACGGACAAGGACAACUUAAUGCACUGUAGUUGUUCUCCGGAAAUCCUAACAUUGUUUGCCCAUUAUCCUACUACAAAUUGAGAGUAAAUAUUGGUGUUCUUG